AUGAGAGCCGUACCGGAGCGCUGUGUGCGCGGCGGGGCCGGCAGGGGGCGCUAUGGAGCCGUACCGGAGCGCUGUGUGCGCGGCGGGGCCGGCAGGGGGCGCUAUGGAGCCGUACCGGAGCGCUGUGUGCGCGGCGGGGCCGGCAGGGGGCGCGCAGGCGCCGGUGGCGCUCCGCCCCGGCCCCGCGGCGCUCGGUCGGGUUCGGUACCGCGGGGACGGCGCAGGACAAAAGGCGCGGCGGGGCGAGGGGCGGCGGGGCGAUGGGCGGCGGGGCGGCGCCAUGAGGAGGCGGCGGCGGCGGCGGCGGCGAGCAUGGCGGCGGGCGGCGGCGGGGCGCGGCGGGGGCUGCUGAAGCGGAAACCGAACUUCACGCUGCAGGAGAUCGACAUCCUGAUGAGCGAGGUGCUCAAGUACGAGCAGCUGCUGUUCGGCGCCGCCGCCAGCACCGUCAACGCCUACGAGAAGCAGAAGAUCUGGUGGCGCAUCACCAACAAGAUCAACGCCGCCGGCCGCAACCAGCGCGACAUCGGCGAGGUGAAGAACCGCUGGCGCGGGCUGCGCCGCCGCGCCAACGACAAGAUCACCCGGCACCGGCAGGAGCGGCAGGGACCGGCCGCCAGGCCCGCCCCCAGGCCCGGCACCGGCAGCGGCACCGGCAGCGGGUCCGGGCCAGGCCCCCCGGAGCUCGGCCCCGGCCCCGCGUCCGGUUGGGGACAGCGAGGAGCCGCCGGCAUCGACCCGCCGGUCCUGAGCGCCGAGGUGGUACCGCACGGCCUCAAGGAGGAGGUGGUGAAGGAGGAGCCGGUGGAGGUGAAGACUGAGCCCUUCCAGAGCCCGGCUCCCGACGGCGUUCCCGGCUGCGGCGGCCCCCGGCCGGGCGCUGAGCAGAGCGAGGGCUGGAGCCGGAGCCCCCCGCGGCCCGCGGCGCCCGAACUGUGCCUCGGGGAGCUGGGGGGGCCGCAGGAGCCGCUGGGCUCCGACUUCCCCAGCAUCCUCUUCCAGCAAGAGGCGGAGCAGCUCCAGGACUGCGGGGCCGGGGCCGCCGCGCCCGCGGGGCUGCCGGACGGGACCCCCGGCUGCGCGCAGCUCUGCGCGGCCGAUGCGCGGGCGGUGCAGGCGCAGGAGCGGCUGGUGCAGGAGGUGCGCGCCUUCCGACGGGAAUACGCCGAGAGCUGCCGGGAAACCACGUCCCUGCUGCGCGCCAUGGCCCAGGCGCUGGGCGGGCUCAGCCGCAGCCUGGCCGAGAUCCGGGAUCUCUACCUCCGGGAGCAGGGCCCCCAGGGCUGACACCCCCCCCCGCAGCUGGCUGUGGGGUCCGGACACCCCCUUCCCUCCUCUUGCUGCUUUGAGUCUUAUUUUUAUGGGUUUUCCCACCCUUUUCCAGCCCGUUUCAAUAAAUCCCGAGGUGCCCCCGGGCUCAUUGAGGGGUUCGGGGGGCGAUGGGGUACUGGAA